AUGUGUCAAAAGGUACAUAAGGGAUUUUUAUAUAAAGACUGUGUUUUGUAUGUCGGUGAAUACGUUGUGUCUGAUGAUACGGCAGAUGAAAUAAUUGUAGAUAACACUAAAGAUGAAUUAGGUAAAAAGAAAAACGACAUAGGGGGUGAAAUUACAAAAGAGCAAUGGGAGGAAACAAAAGUAUAUAGACUGAAUAAAAAGAAAGAAGAAAACAAAAAGGAGAAGAGGGGGAAAAAUGAUAAUAAGGAAAAAAACGAAAAAAGAGACGAAGAAAAGGACGAUAUAGUUGUCCACAAAAAUGAAGAUAAUAAUGAAUGCAAUAUUUAUAGUGAUAAUAAGCGCAAUAAUUACAGGGAUGACCACAAAAAUGAAGAUGAAAAAGGAAGAAGGAUAAUUUUGGAGGGACCCGGAAAAUAUAUCAAACAGAACGAAAUUUUCGUUGGUAAUUUUGAAAAAAAUGAAUACAGGAAAGGGAUAUGGGUUAAGUACAGAAAUAUACAUAAUUUAUUUUUCUACAUGAAUAUAUACGAUAUGAUGCUAAAAGAAAACCGAGUGCAUGAAAAACAUCAAAAAAAAAAAAUAGACAUGGACAAUUUUAAAAAUUUGUUAUAUGUACCUUUAAAAGAGGUUAACAUAUACAUAGGGGAGUUUGAUAACAAUAUGUUUAACGGAUUUUCAUUCUAUUAUUUUUACCCUUUCUUAUAUAUUGGUUAUUUUGUCAAUAAUUUAAUGAACGGUUAUGGCUAUAUGUUUUAUAUUGCUUCUGUAAAGGAAGAAAAGGACAGAAUGGAAAAAAAAAAGGAAAAAAAAGAAAACAUUUUUGCUACUUAUAGCUUGUUCGAUUUCUUAUUCGUAAAUGGGACGAAAAAUGAAAAAGGAAUAACAAGAGUGGUAGACACAAAAUGGUCCGAGGAGCUCGUAAAAAAGGAAGGCGGAUUAACGGUGGAUAUAGAUGUUGACGUUGAUACGACUGUCGAUAAUGCUGUUGUUAAUGCUGUUGAUGUGGUAGGGGAAGGAAAAAAUGGGAAGCAAAAAUUACAAAACGGUAAAAAUAAAAAUAGCGCUCAUAAAACAUUGAAGCCGAAAGAGAAGGAUAAUAUCAAGGAUAAACUAUUAUUCAGGACCUAUGAGAAAAUAGAAAAAAUGAUUAAAGAGAAAAAUGAGUUAAGAAAAAAGAUUCGAGAAGAGAUGAACGGAAAAAGCAGCUCUAUCAAUUUAAUAGACAAAAUCGAAAAAAAUAUUUUUAAAAAUUUUAAAUUGCAAAUUAAAAAAGAUAACAAAAUAAAAAGGAUAAAAAAAUUUUUAAAUGAAAAUGAAAAGGUAAAUAUAUUCGACAUUUUCAAAUAUAUAUCUUAUGAUAAUUUAUUUUUUAAAGGGUAUUUUUAUAACAACCAUUUUUCAUCAAACACCAACGAACAGGAGAUAUACAAAACGAUUUUUCUUGAAUUGUAUAAAGAUAGUAUCAUUAAAAAAAUAGAAGUAAUUAAAAGAAAUGUAAUAAAUGGAGUAUCUGAUGACGAUUUGCUUAUAAGUAAUCAGAAUGCCUUAUACAUUUUAGAAAAACGAAAAAGGAGUAUUGAGGGAGAUGAGUAUGCCACUAAAGAGGAUGGGAAAAGUGUGUUCGCUGAUAACGCGCAAGGUGAGGGCAAAAUUGGGACGCAAAGUGGGGGAAAACUCAAUGCAAAGGAAAAUGCAAAAGAUGUAAAUGAAGGCACGAAGGAGGGAAUACAAAAUGAAAAUUUUAAACAAGAAUAUUUUAAGGAUAUCAUAGACUUUAACUUGCUUAAAAAUAUUUUCGAAUCAACAUCACACAGCAAUAUCAACUAUUCUGUUGAGGUAGUUACGGACAAAGAAUUUCUAAAAUACAAAAUAAAAUGUAACGAGUUAAUAAAAAAAAUGGAUGAAGGAAGGGAAAAUUGUCUGGAUAAAGUUAAUUUAAAUUUAAACGGAUACUACCAAUUAGUCGUUUUAAAUUUCAAGUGCAAAGACGAAACAUCAUUUAAUUUAAAUAUAAACAAAUGUAAUAUUCAAAAUAUACACAAAAUAAAAAUGUUUUUUAUCUCUUCCGAUAAGUCAUCAAUAAUUAAAUAUAAUGCAUUUCAUCUGCAUUAUAUAUUUGUGUACAUUAGAAGCGCAGAAAAAAAAGGCAAAAAUAAACUGAAAAAAAUUAAAAAAUAG